AUGGCCGAUUUAGAGGCUGUUUUGGCCGACGUUUCUUAUUUAAUGGCUAUGGAGAAGAGUAGAAGUCAGCCGGCUGCCCGCGCCUCAAAGAAAAUUGUUCUUCCAGAUCCCAGGUCUUUUUGUGUUUUUAAAUCAAAAGUCAGGUUGUGCGCAAAAACAACAAAAAACAUUGUUUUAUAA